GUUUUAAUUUGUUUUUUGGAGCCAAUGGAAAUAUGUUUGAGAAACCUAACUACAGGCAUUUUCAACGAGCUCAAUCAACUAGAUGCCCACGUGCAAAACCUAAAAGAAAAGAACCUCCUGUAAAGGACCCGCCUAUUUAUCACGACCUCUUAGUGUCAUUAGAAGAUGUUUUGAUAGGCUGCACAAAGAAAAUGAGAAUAGAGAGAAAUUUUGUUAAUCACGGAGUAACUAGAAGAGAUAAUAAGGUUUUGACUAUUAAUGUCAAACCUGGUUGGAAAGCCGGCACUAAGAUAACAUUCAAAGAAGAGGGUGACAGAAAUCCUGAUACCAUUCCUGCUGAUAUCAUAUUUAUUAUCAAAGAUAAGCCACAUGUGCAUUUUGAGAGAGAUGGAACUAAUAUAGUGUAUACCUGUAAUAUUACAUUGAAACAAGCACUUUGUGGAGCUACAUUGGAAAUUCCGACAUUAACUGGUGAGAGUCUCUUGCUCAAUCUUACGGAAAUAACUAAUCCUGAAUCUGAACAUCGUUUUGUGAACAAGGGUCUUCCCUAUCCUAAAGACAGUGAACGUAGAGGGGAUCUAAUAGUCAAAUUUCAAAUAAAUUUUCCCAAUGAGAUCUCUGAAAAUUCUAAACGAAAAAUUAAAGAAGUUCUGCCAUCAUGACGCCAGGAUGCAGAAGAUAAACAAGGUCAUGGGAAAAAUACUAGCUCAGACAUCUGCCAAGAAAAUAUUCUGCCUUCUAAACGUCGAAGGGUCGUUUGAUGUCUGUAACCAAUAUUUCCAGGUGAUUUCAUACUAACAUUUGACCCUUGAUCCUUAUCUUCUGCCAAAACAUAUUGAAUGUUUUUUAACAUUUUGAAUAAGAUCUUCAUGUAAUGCUGAUAAUGAUUUAUAUAUGUGUUCCAGCAAAUUUAGUUUGUAAAUUUUGCAUAUUUAUUCCUGUCCUAAUAAGGGCAAUCAUUGUCAGUAACUAAUCAAAAGUCUCCAUCUUUACUAGUUUCUGUAAUUAUUACUUUUAAGAAUUAAUAUGUGUUAUUUUAUUAAUAAUAAAUUUGUGAAUUUUGAGAGUUUUUUUUUGUUGCUAUAACCUUAUUAUAUAUUUGAUAUGUUUGCUUUAUUUCAAAUCUUAAAAAAAAAAAGUAUUCUAGUAGUUUACUUUUCUUAUUUACGAGUUCACUUAAAUUCUCAUGUAGCUAAAGUAUUACAUUGUACAUAUUUCUAAAUUGAAUUAAUCUGCAGUAAAUUUUGCCAAAUUUUCACUGUCAUAAUUUUGUCAAAUUGCAAAAUUGGCAUUACCUUAUUAUUGCUUUACAUUGUCAUUGUAUCUUAGUCUUUUCUAACAACUUAAAAAGGGCACAGAGCUGCCAGCUCUGGAACUGUAUUUUUCACUAGACUACUGGAUUUUGUCAGUUUCUCUUGAUCUACUGGUUUAAUAAAAAUUCUCCCAGUUUUUGUAAAUUUGAGAAAAUUCCCUAAAAUUUAAUAAGUUUU